AUGUUUGGCCAUAUCAGUGACGAACUCUGCCAACUAAUUCUAACAAUAAACUUUGCCUCCAUCAGUCCCGUCCUGUCCUUGAUUGGUCUCUGUGGAAACAUCAUCAACAUCAUUGUCUUCAUGACGCAAGGUUUCAAUGACACGGUCAACAUUAGCCUUUUGGCUUUGGCCGUCAGUGAUAUGGGGGUGCUGCUGAAUAAUCUCAUUAUCGCUAUCUUCAACAAUCCCAUUCUACUCAGUGCAAACAUUUCAAUUGAACCGAGAGAGUUCCAGUCCUCCGUUGCUGGGUUGCCCAUCGCCUCCUUCAGCAAGAUCACCAGCUGGAUAACGGCGUACAUCACAUUCGAAAGAUGUCUGUGCGUUGUGGUCCCAUUGAGAGUCAAGAGAUUGGUCACUCCUAAACUCGUUGUUUUCAUAAUGGUUUCAAUCUAUGUGAUGAUGUUUGCAACCCUCAUACCCGAGUACAUGACCUUCUAUUUAGAUUGGAAAUAUUUUCCCGACAGAAACAAAACUCUGAUUGGUAUGGUGCCGAGAAGGUACAGCGAUGCUGUAAUUGGGAUAACUUUUACAAUUCACACUUUUAGUCAAUUUCUUUCAUUUUCUUUAAUUAUACUUUUCACAGUUAUUCUUAUUGCAGAGUUACAACAAAAAUCAAAAUGGCGUUCUAAAUCAAUAUCUGGAGCAGUGCAAGCGAUGAAAAUCAUGGAUAAGAAAGAAUCCAAGACAAUUAAAAUGAUAACGGCUAUCGCAGUCAUCCAUAUCCUCUGUUAUUUCCCGGCCAUCAUUGACUUGCUCAUUGCUGUCACUGUUCCAGAAUUUUACAUCGUCGGACUUUACAAGAACUCUUUUCUCAUAGCAUUUUCUUUGCCUAACUUGUUUGAAUGCUUGUAUUCGUCACUAAGUAUUUUUUUGUAUUACAGAAUGAGUACAAAGUACAGGCAAAUAUGUAACGAUAUUUUCAAACCAAUGAAGAUCAAAACGUUUUAA